UUAACAAAUCUGGACCAAUUUCCUACUCCAACUAUAAUGGGUCAAGUUGCUCUCUCAGACAACAGUCCGGUUCCAGAUUAUCAAAGUUUGGUUUUCCCUUUUCCAGCCGGUGCUAUAUUACCAAUAGUAAUAUGUUCUCACGUGUUUGGACUUCAAGAUACAGUUUGCAGAGCGCUUACAAGUGCGGUACAAAAGGAGAGACGCUUUUUGCGAUGCUAACUCUGCAACAUCCAUAUUCCAGAGGACAUAUUGAGUUGAAUAGUAAUAAUCCCGAAGACAGUCCAAAGAUUUUUCUUAAUUAUUAUUCAAAUGAUACAGAUUUAGAUAAGCAUGCCCGUAGUAUUCAACAUUAUAUGAGUGUUCUAAAUAACGAUUUUAUGAAAAGAAUAAAGUCUAAGGUCGUAAAUUUGCAAAUACCUCAAUGUGCUGAAAUAGAAUUCAAUACUCAUGACUAUUGGAGGUGUCAUGUUUUGAAUAUUGCUACAACUUUGUGGCAUCCAGUUGGAACAUGUGCUAUGGGCGUGGAGGGCAAGAGCGUAGUAGAUGCUGAGCUAAGAGUGCGAGGUGUUACUGGAUUAAGGAUAGGAGACGCUAGCAUCAUGCCGAGUAUCACUAGUGGCAACACAAAUGCACCUUGUAUUAUGAUUGGAGAAAAACUUGCUGAUAUGAUUAAGCGAGCACAUGGUUAUUAACCCUUAAUUAAAAGAAUUUAGAAAUUUUUUAAUUUCCUACAGUAUGUGUAUGAAACCACGAGUACCAAGACACAUUAUUAUUGUGGUAUAAAAAUGAAAAUGAAAAAAUGAAAUAGGGUAGGUAUAUAUGGUUCCCGUGUUGUGAUGGGCUAAGAAUUGUAUCUAUCUAUUUAUUAGUUUUCGUAUUUUCUUUAAGAACGGAACAAGCUAACUUGUCAGCGAUUUUUGAUAGCAGAGCAUGACAUUAUGGCCUUGACAGUCUGAGCAAUAAAAUUGGUUUCCAGCUUAGGUUGGUCUGACUCUAAAUAAUCAAUUAUCAUAAAUCUGCCUUGCAGGUAUGAAAUACAUGUAUUGUUCUAAAUGGUAAAUAUAAAAAUACGAAACUAUAGAUACGUAUCGCUAUAAACCGUAGCUAUAGAAUCAUUCAUGCCACUAUCCGAUACAACUCUGAAAUGUACCGCGAUUAAUGAAGCAAAAUCACUGGUCGUAUUGCUCACUAUCUGCACAACGCCGAAAACAUAAAAAUGUCAUGUGCAUAGUGCACCCUAUAAAUAUUAUUCCCUAUAGAUGCUUCUAACGCUGCUUAGUUCCUCUCUAGAGAUGUAGGUCAUGUUAUCCGCGUUACAUUCAUCUCCUAUUUCGACUUUAUUUCAAAAUGUAUACAGCCUAAUUUUGGUUGUUGAAUAGCUAGCAAACACGACAGACUAAACAGAAUCAUAACAUGAUCGGACAAAGUAACAUCUUGCUUGUAAGUUGGUUUGAAAAAACAACGACGAUAUGACUAGGGUAAGUGAUUUGUGCGAACAUCUAUUGCAUUAGGGCAGUAGCAACAUGCGACUUUCUUCUAACUGCACAAGUGCAUUUAAUUUAUUGUCGCACAAGAAAGGGUGCGGGAUUAGCUAUUGUCAACAUUAUCUUUAAUAUUUUAUACCCAAUUAAGUCCGCUUUUAUUGUGUAAGCAAUAAAUUUGGCCGCGGCUUAAGAUAUCGUAUUUAGGGAUCUACGCAGAAUUUAAAGGACAUAGGCAUAAUUAAAAGAUAAAUCUUCUGAAAAGGUCUUCUCAUACGGAGGUCCUUUGAAAUUUUGAUAAUAUCCGUAUAAUAACAUGAGCAAGUCAUGUUUACUUUAAGUGAAUAUAAAUAUUAUAUGGUAGAUACCACCUGCCUUAUUUAAUAAAUUUAUGAGUUAUAGGUACGUAGGCAUAUCACCUAGAAUUAAAAUCAAGUAAAAAAAAACCUCUAAGUUACUUUUGUACAAACAAACUUGACUUAUUGUAGUUUUUACCGUUAGAUUUCAGUUUUCUAGACUAUGUUCCCAAAUUAGUUGCCUUGGUCCUAGGUAAAUAUUUAAUCGAUAUAAAUAAUAAAAGUUGGACUAAACUGUGUUUUUAAUUUAAUUAAAAUUAAAUUAUUAAAAAUAAAGCAAUAU